GUUGCCAUUAAAAAAUGGUUAUCCAAAUUGAAUUGAAUGAUUGUUAUUACGGUACUUGUAGGUUAUUGGAUUCACAUUCGUACAACAUUCCCUUCUGUUGAGAAUUUUAAACAUGUGCAUGACGAAUUAAACAGCAAAUGUUAUAAAGGAAAAUAAACACCAAAAAAUACUAUUUAACUUUUUAGUUGUUUUAUUUUUAAAUAUGGCAGUUACGUUGAGAUUAUUAUCAUUUGUUUCUCCUAGAACUGUUCAACGUUCUACAAUGAGACGAAUUAUGACAAGUUCAAGCCUUUGUGACGUGAGCGAGAGCUGGCUCAGCAAGCUGCUCGUCCGCAAGAUUGAGCCCACCAAGGAGCCCCACUCCAGAAUGUUAUCUGACAAGGAGGUUAUCUACGAGCUCCAGACUCACAAUGUUAGGCCUGACUCAACUGCAAAAUAUCUUGAUAACUAUGAGAAAUGUGUCCACAUGAUCCAUUCCCGCAAGGAUGAGUUCAAGUGCGACCUGGUGGCAUCGUGGACCGUGCAGGUGGGGGAUCUUGACCAGGCUUUACACCUCUGGAGGUACACCGGUGGCUUCACGAGCAUCGAUAAAUGCAACGCUUUACUUGCUGUCGACAAAGUAUAUCAGCAACUGUUACAAGAGCGAGGAAACUAUCUGAGGUCUCGACACCUUCAGUACCUGUUGGCCUUCAGUUACUGGCCUCCCAUCGAGCCUAGAAAGGGCAAAAAUCUCUAUGAGAUCCGCAGCUACAGCCUAAAGCCUGGUACCAUGAUCGAGUGGGGCAACAACUGGGCUCGUGCCAUUAACUAUCGGCGGAACAACGAUGAACCAUUUGCUGCGUUCUUCUCUCAGAUUGGUCGUCUGUAUAACGUUCAUCAUAUAUGGUGCUACUCUAGUCUACAGGCACGUAAAGAAACACGAGAGUCCGCGUGGAGAUCUCCAGGCUGGGACGAGUGCGUCGCCUACACGGUUCCACUCAUCAGGGAAAUGCAUUCUCGUAUUCUUAUCCCUGCCUCCUUCUCUCCAACUCAAUGAUCUGCUUUUAAAUAUCAAAUAUUUCUUUUUUAUUGUUUUCCCCUAGUUAUAUUUUAUCUGAAUACUCAAACCACGUUUUAUUGUGAACAUGAGUUGUGAACACCAUUAUUAUUAUUGUUUUACUAAAAUUGCUUGCCUUGAUUAUAUAAAUAUAAUUUAUUGUAUGUGAUUAUUGUUGGAAAAACUUAACUUUAUUACGGUUUGCACAAAUAAUCUAAAUCUUUCAAGUAUUAUUAUUUUAGAUCUUAUACAGUAUGAAUAACAGAGUUUUAUUUUAUAUUGUUAGCUAUUUCUUGUUAAUAAUUUGUCAUAUCUAACUGGUUUUAUUUAUUUGUUGUUGAGUCUAUAAUUAGAAUUAUUGUGUUGUACUCUAAGAAGAUAAACCGCAUAAACAUUGGCAUGCCGAGUGACUUAUACUCUUGUGUGUAUAGCUACCAACAGUAUCAUAAACAUGUAAAUACACAA